AUGAAUCGCCGGAAACCUCUAUCUACCAUACAGGAACAAAAUGACAGCCAUGAUACAGACAUCAUCACAAAGGUGGAGGAGAAAAUCUCCAGUGCCUUGACUGUACUUUGGUCAGAUCUACCUGCCUGGCAAAGAGACAACCACUACAUCCAUUCUGGCUAUCGACCUCAGAGCAACUCUUUCGCCCGUUCUUUCGCAUCUCUCACACACAUCCACAAUGAGACUGUCAACAUCUACACACAUUUGCUGGGUGCUAUCGCCGCUCUGAUCUGCUCCGUGUACCUGCAUUCUCUCAUCAAACCUAGAUAUGACCGAGCAACGCCCGAAGAUGUCACGGUUUUCGGUUGCUUCUUUGGAGGCGCUGUUGCUUGUCUCGGCAUGAGCGCUACUUACCAUACCAUCUCUAAUCACUCACCCAAGGUCAAUAAGAUUGGCAAUCAGUUAGAUUACGUCGGUAUUGUUUGUCUGAUCUGGGGUAGCUUUAUCCCAAGCAUCUUCUACGCCUUUGCUAGACGACCGGGAUACAUCGCCGUAUAUUGGUCCAUGAUUACCAUGAUUGGUAUCGGCUGUGCGACUGUGUCUAUAUUGCCCAGUUUCAGAACUCCCAAGUGGCGACCUUUCCGAGCUGGCAUGUUCGUCGCCAUGGGUGCAAGUGCUGUCGUUCCAGUAUUGCACGGUGUUUCUUUGUUCGGUGUUACUCAACUCCAGAAACAAAUGGGUCUUUCAUACCUAGUGUUGCAAGGCGUGUUGUAUAUCUCAGGAGCUGCCAUAUACGCUGCACGAGUACCGGAACGUCUGAAGCCAGGCUCUUUCGAUAUAUGGGGUAGCUCUCACCAGAUCUUCCAUAUCCUGGUUUUACUUGCGGCUGCGACUCACUUCUUCGGCCUUGUCAAGGCGUUCGACUACGAGCACAGCGCAAGAGCUCAGGCUGACAAUGUUGUGUAUGGUUUCAAGCAUAUCUUUGGCAAAAACUAG